AUGGCGAACACAAGAGUCGAGAAAGACAGUCUCGGUCAACUGGAACUACCAGCGGAGGUACUUUACGGCAUCAACACCUCUCGGUCGCUUGAUAAUUUCCCCCUCUCCGGUCGGUCUAUCACAACAUGGCCGGACUUCGUCUAUGCUUUCGCAAUUGUAAAGCAGGCCGCAGCCCGUGCAAACUGCGAGAUAGGUAGCUUAACAACAGAGCAGGGGGACGCUAUCUUGCAGCUUGUGAAGAAAUCAAACUCGGCAAACAUGACGCACAUCUUGUGGUUGACAUGCUGGAGGGUUCAGGUGGCACGUCGACCAAUAUGA